UGCCACAGGAAAUAGCGUCGACAAGUCGCACGAGUCAUAUUGGUUAUUCCAGAUGGGUAUCAAAGGGUGCUGGACAUGUCGAGCUCGCAAAGUUCGGUGCGACUUGCGAAAACCUACAUGCACUAAUUGUGCUAAGGCCUUGCAGCCGUGCAAAGGCUAUGGCAUGCAAUUGUCUUGGCCUCGAGAGGGCAACAAGCGGCGAGCUUUAGUCAACCGCGACACAGCAGGGCUAGCCAAAUUAUCACAGCAAUACCGGGGACGAGGCGUGAUGUUUCUGAACGCGUUCACUUCUGACGUAGCAUUAGCUGACGCGCUUCAAGAAAAUCGCGAGCUCGCUCAUUACUUACAUACAUUGCGAGUGCCGCACUUACCAAUCCUCUCACAGUCUCUACUGUGGGAAGAUUAUCAACUGUUCGACUAUUUCAAGGAAACGAAAACGCGAAUCUUGGCACCCGUCAUUGACGAGUCACUGGCCCAUUUUAUUAUGAGAAUGGCAAUAAGUAAUGAUGGCUCAUCAGUCAAUCCAGUGAUGGAAGGUAUAUUCGCCUUGUCUUCUCUACUACUCCUGGGGCCUUCAAAGAGCCAGAGCCAUAAGUCUCGCCUGAUCUCAAUGUUGCAGAAGAAUGUAACUAGGAUGGACAGAGAAGGUGUUCUUCAAAAUCUUAUUGCCACUAUGCUUCUAUAUCAAUGUGAAGUUUGCAACACUGCCGAGCCAGGAGGACUAUGGCGGUUUUAUCUUUGUGGAGCGAAGAAAAUUAUCUCUGCCGCUUCCGAAUUCGUUGCAUUAUAUCAACAUGAUUGCGCCGUAUUGAUGGAUUGGAUCUAUUACCAUGAAGUGAUGUCCGAAUUCAGCCUUCACCAUUGGGCAGAGCUAAGCACCGUUGAUGGUUUUUGUAAAGGGCCUCUGGCGAUACGGCCCACCAAUAUAAUAAUCGACGACCCCAUAGCUGCUAAUCGAAUUACUUGUCCCAUGGAUGUUCUUCACCUUGUCAGAAACGUUUGCAAGAGACCAUCGACUUAUGCAAGCGCCGAUUUGCCAUAUAACAACACGGAUAUGGAGCGACUCCAGCAAUUCCGACAAAACAUAUAUGGAAUCAUAGGAGAAUAUGGAACUUUUCACGAACACUUGGAGUCAUUGUUGAACAGGCAAGACAUGCUGAGCUGUCUUUAUCAAUAUGCUGCAUUGAUAUAUCUCAAUCGCACGGUAUCCAAUGUCUCCACAUCCUCUUUUUCGCACCGAAGGCUUGUGAGAGAGGGUAUACUGUUGUUAAAAAACCUUGGGUUUUGCGAGAGUGCAUGGCCGCUGUUUAUCAUAGCCUGCGAAGCCAAUGAAGAUUCACAGCGUCUCCAGAUACUGUCCAUUCUUGCUGACACAAACCAAGAAAUAGAGCAUCGAUCCAAUCAUAUUCCUCUAAUGCAGCAGAUGAUUGAAGCCAUUUGGAAUCAGAAUGAUCUAGCUAUUGAGAACUACGUGGGAUAUAGCAAAAUUCUCGACGCUGUGGUCUCAACAGCACCGUCGCUGCCACUUUUUGCUUGAGAGGCAUGAUACCAAAG